AUGAGUUCAUUCAAUUCUAAUUCCAAUCCGGCGAAUGCUCAGAAUUUGUCUAGUUUUCAAUUUCAACCCCCUAAAGAAGACGUUAUAUUUGAUACCCAUCAAAUGCUGCUAUCGGUACCACAGCUGAGGUACUACGCUUCAUCAAUGAUGCAACAAUCACAACAAGGGCAACCACAGUCGCAAACUUCGCAGCAACAGCAACAACAGCCUUUCUUGAUGAAUAUUCCUCCAGCAUUUACCCAAACCCAGCCUCAACAAAUGCUUUAUGCCAUGCCACCUCUUCAAACCCAACAACCGUCUUCUUCGUCAGCAACGACAAAUAAUGUAGUUCCACCUCAUCAUUACAAUCAACAACAGCUGCAACAACAACAACAGCAGCAGCAACAAUACCAGCAAAUGCAACCGCAGCCAAAUAAUAUGCAGUUCUUUGAUAACACCAUACCUAAUUAUUUAAUUAUGAACCAAACUAUUUCUCCCAGUCAAACGCAAACAACUGCUCAACCAAAUAUUUCUUACUACAAUUAUUCAACCCAACCUCAGUUACAGCUGGCUCAACCAAUAUCACAUAGUCAGCCACAACCACAACCACAAGCAACACAACCAAGAUCAAAUAGAAGUAGACUGCAAACGAGCUUUUCUAAACCAAGAGGUAGCAGGCAAGUUAGUGGCAGUGGCAGGUCAACCGGGGCCAAGAAACAAUCAGCAAUCACACUGGGCAGUACUGGUACUGGCCCUGCCCGAAAUGCUGAUACAGGUAUGACAUCAGUUGCUAAUAGCACUUCCACAACCACUAUGACAACCACCAACAAUAACAACAAAUUGUCUGUUUCAGCCCCAGUAAAUGUGAUAUAUGCUAAUCUUCCUGAGAGACUUCAACAGGUGUUACCAGCACCGCCGUUAUCACGUGCUCCAGUAAGACCUGAUGUAACGGUCAAUUUGACAUCAAAACGAGCCAAAAGAAAAUCAAAAUUCACUCCGGAACAAGAUGACAUGAUCGUGAAUUUGAAGAAAAAGGGGAAAUCAUGGGUUGAAAUUGCCGAAAUCACUGGUGUUGGAUCAUAUUUAGCGGCACGGAAUCGAUUUCAAGUUAUUGUUGGACAGCAAGGAAAUAACAAUUCGAGUGCAUGGGAUAAUACUGAUAAAUUAUUUUUGAAUCAAUUAUUAGAUGCUGGAGAAAUAGAAAAAUGGAGAUUUAUAUGUUGUGAAUUGAAUAAACUGACAAAUAAAAAUUUCACCGAUUAUGAAUGUCGAGAAAUGAUUCGACAAUUGUUUUGGUUGAAUCCUGCUAGCUUUGGAGUUAAUGAGGAAACCAUUAUUGAGUCCCAAAAGGAAAAGAAAUUGACUGAGAAAACAAUUGAACAACGUGAACAACAACGUAAAAAGAGAGCUUCUGCUAACCAUUCACCUCCUGAUUCUGAUUCCAUCACUAAUACUAAUAAUAACCAACAAGAGGUUAAAUAUAUCGAUCCUCAAUAUAAAAAUUAUCAAAGCCAAUUGAUGCCAAAUCAGAAUACUGGAUCUGGUGCUACCAAGAUUUCCUCAACGACACCCCCACCUCCAUCACAAGCGUUAUCCAAUAACGUCAAUACUAUGAAUAAAAAUAUUGUGUCAUCUGCCCUUGGUGGUACAUCUUUUUCUCAAGAACAACAUUCAUUGCAUUCAAACCAGCAUCAUCAUAACCAUCAGCAACAUCCACUCAUCCAUCAUCAUCAGUACCAGCAGCAAUCUUCAUUACCUCCUCCACCAACUAUCCCAUCUACAAUUCCCACAUCUUCACUUAGCAUACAACAGCAGCAGCAACAACAGCAGCAACAGUUGUAUAAUAAACAGUUUUACUAA